AUGGCCAGCCCGCUCGACACUGAUGCUGGAACCGAGCUCUUCAGCAGCUACGAGGCCGAAUUCCGACUUGUGCAGGCGGAUAUUUUGCAGAAGCUCGACCAGAUACCCGACCUGUCCGGCGAACCUAGGAAGGCAGCCAUUGCGCAGGCUGAGCGUGCCGUGGAAGAAGCCGAUGAGCUGAUCGGCCAAAUGAAGCUCGAAAAGCAGAACAUUCCGUCGUCCAGCCGCACCCGCAUUAACCAACGUUUCCGCAACUACGAAUCAGAUGUGGACGGAUACAAACGCAAGCUGCGUGGGCUAGCCGACGACCGUGCUGCCCUCUUUGGCAGCCGUUACUCCGACAAUCCGAGCGGCUCGGAUAUGCAGCUGGAGCAACGCCAGCAACUUUUGUCUGGUACCGACCGUCUAGACCGAAGCACACAACGCCUUAAGAACAGCCAAGCCCUUGCCAACGAUACAGAGGCGAUUGGCGCGAGCACUCUCGCCGAUUUAGAACGCCAGCGCAACGUUAUCCAACACACAACGGACAUGCUGCUUGAGAGCGAAGGAUACGUUGACCGGAGUGUCAAGACGCUCCGUGGCAUGGCGCGUAGGUACUGUGACCCUGACCUUCCCAGCCUUAUGGGCAAUCUGGCCCUAUACGACAUUAUAUCUAAUACAUAUGUCUGUGCUAUUUUAGGAUGGCUACGAAUCGGGUGA